UUUAGUUCGCUCUAAUUUUAAAAAUUUCAAAUAAAAUGGCGGCGUUUAAAUUCAUAUUUAUUUUACUUUUUGUAAUAAAAAAUACCCAGGGAUUUAUGGAAGAAAUAUUUGCCGGCAUAGACUCGGGUUAUUAUAUGAUGAAUAAUAUAGAUUAUAUAGAAUCAAUAUUAAGAAGUAAUUGUGUGUACGAUUAUCAUCAGGCAGCGAUAAUCGAAAGACGGUUCGCGGUUGUAAAUACUUUGAAAGAAAUGAGCAAACUAAUGAAUGAGUUCAAAUCUAACAAUGGAACGGAAAAAUUUUAUUGGAAAUCGACCAUCGAAAAACUUGACUCUUUCGAGUAUUCUUCAGAGCUGACUAACAUGAUGCAGAAAAUAAGCAACUACUGGAAGGUGCUGGAUAAGUCCUCGGCGGUAAAUUAUUAUGAGGGAAGUUCUGUGCUGUUUGGAUGGGGGCCUUGUAAUAACGUGGACGUAAAACUUGAUUGGAAGUCAAUAGUGGACGCGGAAUUGUGCAAUGGAGAUAUCAAUGCAAUUUAUGCUGCAUUUAUAAAAGCUAUUGAAAACAAAAUUAAGAAAUAUGCCAGUAAAAUAAAUAUAUGUGAAAUAAAAACAACGUUGAAAGAAGAGAUGGUUGCAUUUUUCCAACAAGGAAUAAAAGCUCACUUCCAAAGAUUUAUUUUGGCCGUCUUCGAACUCUUCGUUAAUUUACAAUGUAGAGAAUCCUGCAUCAGCAACGAGAUCGCAGGACUGAAACAACAAUUAAUGAAAACUAUUCACGAUUAUCAAGAGUUGCGAAAAAAAACUGAGGCAGGUUUCGCGCAGUUCAUUAAAAAAUGUCAAGUGCCAAAACCCACACCUUGCCCUCAACCUACACCUUGCCCUCAACCUCUACCCUGUCCUCAACCUCUACCCUGCUUUCAACCCUACCUCUGUUUUCAACCUCACCUCUGCCUGGAAUCUGAACCUGCCCCCAACUUCAUCUCUGCCCGCCGUAGAUUUCCAUCCAUUUCUAUGGAUUUUCAUCGGUUUUUCAAUCAAUUCCUAUAAAUUCCCACUAAUUAUUGUAAGUCAUUACAGAUUCGCAUGGAUUUUAAAAUGACUCCUAUGAAUUCCCAUGGAUGUUUAUUAGAGUGAUCCAUUUUUCGAGCCUCUUAUAGAAAUUUGUUGGUAUAAGAUGUUUUAAGAAGCCUCUCCAAAAAUCAGCUUAAUAAAAAAUUAUCAAUAGGUCGCUCACGAAUUUUGAAAAUAUCAAAAAUGAUCAAAAUUUUCAGCCCAAAAUUAAAAUAUUCAAACGGCGCUCAAAAAUUUUGAAUAUUAACUGAUAAUAUGUAAUUAAUACUUUGAAUUAGUUUUUGGAUUUUUGAAUAACUCAAUUAUUUUUAUUUCACUAAAAAAAAACUUCUGCGUAACCAAAAUUAUGCAGGACAAUCCUAAACAAUAAAAUUGGGUAAGUUUAGAAUAAACAAAAAUUCCAAAAAUUGAAUUAAAAAAUAAAAACGUAUGUACAUAAUUUAUUAUUUCUAUUUCUCGGGUUAUAUUUUUAUUCAUUAUGAUACAAAUUGAUAGCGAAAAAAUUCAGAAGGUUUAUUAUUAGUAUUCAAGGGUCGCUCGAAAACGUCCAAAAGACAGCACUCGGAAACAUUCAAAAUUUUUGAGCGAGGUUCAAAUAUUUAAAUUUUGGGCUGAAAUUAUCAGCGUAGUCAUGAUUUCACAAAUAUAAACUAUAGCUGCUAAACCACCUGACCCUGCGGGCCAGCCCCAAAACUUCCCGCUGUUUUCGAGCUCAGGGAGCUCGGAAUCAUUAUAACUUAUAAAUUUUUGAGCUCGAGCUCAAAAAUUUGUUAGGCCGGUAAAACAUACCUUCACUAAAAAUUAUAGUUUUUGUCCGACGAUAUCUUUGGAACGAAUGAACCGAUUUGAACGUUUUUGGUGACAAUCGAAAGGGCUCAACAAGACUUGAAACUAAAUACAUUUUGAGACGAAUCGGGCAAGUGGUUUAUAAUUUAUACGCAAAAAACCAAAAACAAAAAAAAUUUUUAAUUUUUAUUCUUCGUAUAACUCGUAAACUACAUGACUGAUCUACUCCAAAAUCUAAUCAAUUCUAAGUUUUGGUGAACUCUUUCGAUUGCCAAAAAGACGUUCAAAUCGGUUCAUUCGUUCCAAAGAUAUCGUCGGACAAAAAAAGUUUACACACACGGACGGACGUCCAUCCGGAAAUAGAAUAGCUUUCUAGGACCUCAAAAUUUCGACAUCUGAUGAAAUUUCGAUUUUCGCAAAUCGGGUGAAAACAAUAACUUCCCUUUUUUGAAAAUUUGAAAUUUCCUUAGCGGGAAGUUAAAAAAGCAGUAGGUUUUUUUGGGUCACUCUAAUGUUUAUGGAUUAUCAUGGAUUCAAAAUUGAUUCCCAUAGCUGACUCUGAUCCGUAAUGCAUCCAAAUGAAAUCUUUUUUCCUUUUGAUGAAUCCCCAUGGAUUUCUAUAGAUUAGAACUUGAUUCUUAUAAAUUAUUAAUGAAAUAGAAUUGAUUCCUACAACUUUCUAUGGAAAUUUAUGGAUUCUCAUAAAUUUAUAUAUAUUUUCAUUCAUUCUUAUGACUUUUGAAAUUGAUUCCUGUAAAUUUUUAUCAAUUUUUCUUAAUUCUUAUGGAUUCCGAAUUGAUUCCUAUAAAUUUCCAUGGAUUCCUAUGGAUUUCUGAUUGGGCGCGAUAGGGAGUUUCUGGGUUGGGUUGUUUUUGAUGAUUUAUUUAAUGAUUUUUGAACUCACUACUGUAUUCGUGACCCGAUUUCCGCGAGUUUGAGUACCCACAUCGAUAUGUUUGGUCGACUUUAAAAUUUUUUUCGUUUUAUGGGUUUUCCUGGUGGGAAAUUUAUUUUUUCUCUGGUUUUUAUAAAUCAAUAGAACAGGGCGGUAAAAUUUAUUGAUUUUUACGGAUUUGAAAUCGAUUCUUACAAAUUUCCAUGGAUUCCUAUGGAUUUUUAUUGAUUCUUAUGGCUUUUGGAAUUGAUUCCUAUGAAUUCCCAUGGAUAUUUAUAAAUUUUCAUGGAUAUCAAAUUGAUUCCCAUGAACUGCCGUAGAUUCUCAUGGAUUCUUAAUGAUUCAAAAUAUAUUUCCAUGGGGUCCCAUAAAUAUUUUUAAAAAUUCCUCCAAAUCUACACAACUAAAAUUUAAAAGAAUCAAUCCUUGGCCUCAAUUCCUCACCCGAACUCACCUUGACUUAAAAAAAAACCCAAAUCCCUCACGUAUUUCCCAAACCUUAAAUUGACCUUCUAAAUCUCUAACAAAACUCUUAAUCUCCUAUCUAACGGUGACUAUUUCAUCCAACGCCUCAUUCUUAUCACGUCGCAUCUCACCCGCAAUCACAAAAGCAAACAAGCUCUAAUAAAAAAAAAAUAA